CGAAUCAGACACUUUGCGCACGCACUCGCACGAUCAACGAUCUCUCCUCCCGAGGAGAGGGAGGAGAGAGAGAGAGAGAGAGAGUUGCAGAGAAUUCUGCGCUUUUGAUGAUGACGGAGGACAUCUGACACCAGCUCUUCCUCCUGUGCUGAAGAAGAACCGAUCCUUCCUUCUUUCCUUCUUUGCUUUCAUACACUCUCCUCUCUCUCUCUCAUUCUCCGUGAUCAUUUGCUCUUUCUGGUUUUGAUUCCUUCUGGGUUGUUGUCGAAGUCGUCGGAAACGUCACGGGAACAAGAAAAUGUCAGCGCCAGCGCCGGCCGGCUCGCCUCCGCCGCCUGCCAGGUCCACCGCCCCUACUCCCUCCGCCCCGCCCCCCAGCACGCCUCCGCCGUCCGCCCCUCCUCCCAGCACGCCUCCGCCGUCCGCCCCUCCUCCCGCCGCGCCUCCGCCGUCAACCCCCCCUCCUUCUCCCCUUCCUCCUGCCGCUGCUCCUCCGCCGGCCACCCCGCCUUCCCCGCCCCCGCCGCCGCCGCCGACGACGACCCCUUCCCCGCCGCCACCAGCGACGACCCGUUCUCCGCCUCCUCCGCCGAAGACACCGGCCCCGCCGCCGCCAGCGACGACCCCUUCUCCGCCUCCUCCGCCGAAGACACCGGCCCCGCCGCCGGGCGCGCCGCCUGCUCCCUCUACUCCUCCGCCUCCGCCGACUUCUCCUUCGGAGGCCCCUCCGGCUCCAGCGACCAGCGGCUCCCAGCCGCCGCCUCCUCCUCCGAGCAAAGCAGGUGGGUCGCCGUCGCCGCCCCCGCCCAGUACACCCGCAGCCUCAUCGAGCUCCUUGCCAACUGGUCUAGUGGUGGGGGUUGCAAUUGGCGGAGUGGCAGUGCUCGCAGUGUUGGCUUUGUUGUUCAUAUUCUGUAGGAAGAAGAGGAGGAGAGACCCCGGUGCCGUUCAUUUCCCGCCAGGGCCUAAAGAUGACCCUUCUGGCAGUAUGCCACGACAUUGGCAACAGAAUGCACCGCCGGCCACUAUUCCACCUGCAUUUGACUCGUGUCCACUAAAUUCGCCCGUCGACAGCACAGUGCCACCACCAUUCAUGAGCAGCAGUGGAGGUUCAGGCUCCACUUUGGGCCCCGAAAAUCCAUAUCCUGCUCCAUCGAGGGGCAUUGGAUUAAGUUUCUCCAAGAGCGAAUUCACAUUUGAGGAGUUAAGGAUGGCCACAAAUGGCUUCUCGGACUCGAACCUUCUCGGACAGGGCGGUUUCGGUUAUGUGUACAAGGGGGUCCUUCCAAAUGGGAAGGAGGUUGCGGUGAAGCAGCUUAAAGCUGGGAGCGGCCAAGGAGAGCGCGAGUUCAAGGCCGAGGUGGAAAUAAUCAGCCGAGUACAUCACAAGCACUUGGUCUCCUUGGUUGGAUUCUGCACAACGGGGUCUGAGAGACUGCUUGUUUACGAGUUUAUCCCGAACAACAACUUGCAGUUCCACUUGCAUGGAAAAGAUAGACCAACCAUGGAUUGGACGACAAGACUGAGAAUCGCUUUAGGAUCUGCCAAGGGACUUGCCUAUCUUCAUGAGGACUGUCAUCCUAGGAUCAUUCAUCGUGAUAUCAAGGCAGCUAACAUCUUGCUGGAUUUCAAAUUUGAGGCUAAGGUUGCUGAUUUCGGACUUGCGAAGUUCUCUUCAGAUGUCCACACUCACAUUUCUACAAGGGUGAUGGGAACAUUUGGCUAUCUUGCUCCAGAAUAUGCAUCGAGUGGAAAACUCACAGAUAAAUCAGAUGUCUUCUCCUUUGGAGUGAUGCUUUUGGAGUUGAUCACGGGACGCAAACCGGUGGACACAACUAACGACAUGCACGAGGGCUUGGUUGACUGGGCAAGGCCCCAGUUGACACGAGCUCUGGAUGAUGAAAACUUCGACUCUUUGGUAGAUCCAAGGCUGCAACAUAACUACAAUCAUGAUGAGAUGGCUUGUAUGGUUUCUUGCGCAGCUGCUUGCGUACGUCAUUCAGCACGCCGUCGACCAAGAAUGAGCCAGAUUGUUCAUGCUUUAGAAGGCGAGAUGUCCUUAUCAGAUCUUGAUGAGGGGGUCAGGCCCGGACACAGCACUGUCUACAGUUCGCAAGCAAGCUCGGAAGACUUGAGAAAGUUCAGAAAAAUGGCAUUCGGGAACCAAGAAUACUUAAGCAGUGAGUACGGUGAAUCGACAGGUGAAUACAGCGCUCACCGAUCUGGCUCGAGUGGCGAAGCCCACUCCUCCAGAGAAAUGGAGAUGCGAAGGGUGAAGCCAAACACCCGAGGUUUCAGUGGAGCCUCUUGACGAUAUUUUACACUUGCUACAAGCUUCGUGCACUUCAUCUUUCGGGGUGCUAACUUGCGCUAGAUCGCAAGCGAGAGGCGUGUGACAGAGCUGGCAAAUAUGCCUUUGCUCCAUGGGCUAACACGAUUCUUUUUUCCUCGUGCUUCCAAAUUGUCAUUUUGCUUUUUCGACCUUGCAACUGAGGGUAACCAUACAGAAAAGUGAAGCCGAAGCUCGGCCAAUUCUUUAUGCAGUUCUCUGCACUGAUUGUUUUGUAAAUUCUGUCCAACCUCUAUACAAAGUUCUCAGUUUUGGUUUGCUUGUA